CGUUUCAGUGGUUAAAAGCGUCAGCGUUUUCAUUUAACACACGAGCCACAUGACCACAAGUCUACCGGUCAUGUGAAAGUUGCCCAUAUGAUACGCAGCGCGUUUCCCGUUCAGCUGAAUACAGACGGUCAGUAACGUAAUAGAAAACAGUACACGCGCACACAUGCACUUUAAAUCCUAAUGUCAGCGCAAAUCCGUAGUAGACUGAAUACACUCGAUGGAAUAAUGCAUUCAGACUGUAUUUGUGAGAGCUUGAUUGUUUAUACGAAGUCAAACAAUGGCAAACAAGUACUCUAAACGACGAACGAAACGAAAUGCACUGGGAAAUGAAACAGAGCAAGAAGCAUCAUUUGCCCUGACUGUAGAGAAGCCUCAAAGACAAGGCCCUGGGGAGGUGAUCUCUAGCUCAGCAUGGCAGGACAUCAGGAGGAAAGUGUGUCUGCUGGUGCCAUUCAUGUGGCCCAGAGGAAGUGUGCGGCUGCAGGCUCUGGUGAUUCUGUGUGUCGGGCUGCUUGGUCUCGAGCGCGUCAUCAAUGUGUUUGUACCCAUUUACAGCAGGAAUAUCGUGAACCAGCUGUCAGCAUUGGAGAGCUGGAGAACCCUGGCCAUCACGGUCUGUGUUUACGUCCUCCUUAAGUUCUUGCAGGGCGGAGGGGUAGGAACGUCAGGGUUUGUCAGUAACUUGCGCAGCUUCCUGUGGACACGUGUCCAGCAGUACACCAGCCGUGUGGUGCAGGUCCGUCUUUUCGGUCACCUGCAUGACCUCUCUCUGCGCUGGCACCUGGGCCGCCGCACCGGAGAUGUCCUGCGCAGCAUUGACCGUGGGACCUCCUCCGUCAACAACUUGUUAAGCUAUAUUGUGUUUAGCAUUGUACCCACUAUUGCUGACAUCGUCAUUGCCAUCAUCUAUUUCGUGACGUACUUCAGUGCCUGGUUCGGCCUCAUUGUCUUCAUUUGCAUGUUCUUCUACCUCACUCUCACCAUCAUCAUCACUGAAUGGAGAACCAAGUACAGGCGGGAAAUGAACACACAGGACAACAAUGCCAAGUCAAAAGCAGUAGACUCACUUCUCAACUUUGAAACUGUGAAGUACUAUAAUUCAGAAGGUUUUGAAGUGAGGCGCUUUGAGGAUGCUAUCCUGAAAUAUCAGGCAUGUGAAUGGACGACCAAUGCUUCCCUGGCCCUGCUGAACCAAACCCAGAACCUGAUUAUUGGAUUGGGGCUGUUGGCCGGAUCGCUGCUUUGUGCAUACUAUGUUACAGUGGACAAGUUUCAAGUUGGUGACUAUGUUCUCUUUGGAACAUAUAUUAUCCAGCUCUACACUCCACUCAACUGGUUUGGUACAUAUUAUAGAAUGAUCCAAAGUGCAUUUGUUGACAUGGAGAGCAUGUUUGAUCUACUAACAGAGGAAAAAGAGGUAAAGGAUGAUGUGAAUGCAGGAGACCUGUCGUUCACAGAAGGAAGGGUUGAUUUCCAGAACGUGUGUUUUAGUUACACUGCUGGAAAAGAGAUUCUCAGUGAAGUCUCGUUCACAGUGAUGCCUGGUCAGACAGUUGCACUGGUUGGUCCUUCCGGAUCAGGAAAAAGCACCAUCAUCCGCCUGCUUUUCCGUUUUUAUGACGUGCAAGGAGGCUGCAUCCUCAUCGAUGGUCAGGACAUCUCAAAGGUGAGACAGAACUCCCUCCGAUCCUACAUUGGUGUAGUUCCUCAGGACACCGUCCUUUUCAACGACAACAUCCGUGAAAACAUUCGCUACGGACGCAUCUCUGCAAGUGACCAGGAAGUGGAAGAGGCUGCAGUGGCUGCUGAUAUCCACCAUAAGAUAUUAUCCCUUCCAGACGGAUAUGCUACUGAAGUCGGUGAAAGGGGUCUGAAGUUGAGUGGUGGAGAGAAACAGAGAGUGGCCAUCGCUCGCACAAUCCUGAAAUCCCCUCGCAUCAUUUUGCUUGAUGAAGCCACAUCUGCUUUAGACAGUCAAACGGAGCGUAACAUUCAGGCUUCUCUUGCUAAGGUGUGUGCCAACCAUACCACUCUCGUCGUGGCACACAGAUUAUCCACCAUCAUCAGCUCCGAUCAGAUCCUCGUCCUUCAAGACGGGCGGAUAGCAGAACGAGGAAGGCAUGAGGAGCUGCUGGCCAUGGGGGGACUGUACGCAGCUAUGUGGUUAAAACAGCAGCAAACCCCAGAGUCAGAGGUCUCCACAGACGAACAACCGCAGGAGCCAUAGCAGAGCAACUGAAGCUGAUGGAGCAGCGAUGAUGAAUGAUGAUGGGUGAAAUCAAUCAGGAAAAAUGGUAAAAGAGCCCACUGAGCUCUAAACUUCAUCUCAGACAGAGGGGCACCAGACUGCACAGAAGUAAUGAACUACGAAGAGUGUUUCUCAGGGAACAAUUACAUAGGUCUGCUUAAAGAUCAACCAAUCAUCGAGUACCUCUAGAUAUGUUAAAGGGAUAGUUCACCCAAAAAGAAAUGUCUGUCGUCAUUUACUCA